GGCAGUCAGUAUACUUGACUAUGUUAGGGAUGAGUAUGAUUACACUUUUUGUUUUUAAUUUCCCCAAGUAUUAAUUAAGUUUUGUGUGUAGCAGCACGCGAAUGAGAAACACACAUAGCGGGAUGUCGUCCGGAUCAGAACCACCCUGCGAGGCGUCAUGACGCUGACAAAAUGGCCGGGAGUUCUGUGCUAAAGUGAUGCAGGAGAGCGAAAACACUGGCACGCUUACUGCUAAUAAGAUAAUGUGACGAUCACGUCCUCCUGUCUUUGAGGGACAUUUUAUGUAACGUGCCGGCUGUCGUCGUUCGAGACCGUUACUGCUAGCAUACAAGCGAGGUAGCGAACUAGAUAACAAGCUAACGAUGCUAGGCUAGGCUAGCUGUCACAACUCUUUAGCGAGAGAAAGAAAAGUUGUAUUCCUGAGUUAAAUUUAUAAAAAGCACAAAACCCCAAACACAUCCGCCGUUAUUCGAACACCUUCAAAUCGGGCUGGCGUUUAAUUACGCGCUAGCUCGCCUGACUGCUAGCAAACGUACGCUAGCGUGUGUACCCUUAUGCUGUGAUUAUGUUUGUUUAUAUUCAUGUUCGAACGUUGUAAUGUCUGCUGACCAGUACGAGGUGUCCACUUAAGUGUCACCUAACAAGAAGUGGACGUUACUUUUGACAAUAAGCUGUCAGCCAUCACCGCCAUGGCCCACCCCCCGGUUCAGGGGAACCUGCCCGGUAUGCAGAACGUAAGAGUGGACCCGGAGGAGCUUUUCACCAAGUUGGAGCGCAUCGGCAAGGGUUCCUUUGGCGAGGUCUUCAAAGGCAUCGACAACCGGACCCAGAAGGUGGUGGCCAUCAAGAUCAUUGACCUGGAGGAAGCUGAGGACGAGAUCGAGGACAUUCAACAGGAGAUCACGGUGCUGAGCCAGUGUGACAGCCCCUUCGUCACCAAGUACUAUGGAUCCUACCUUAAGGACACCAAGUUAUGGAUCAUCAUGGAGUAUUUGGGAGGAGGCUCAGCUUUAGAUCUGAUGGAACCAGGCGCGCUGGACGAGACCCAAAUUGCCACCAUUCUGAGGGAGAUCCUGAAGGGGCUGGAGUAUCUGCACUCUGAGAAGAAGAUCCACAGGGAUAUCAAAGCCGCCAACGUGCUGCUUUCCGAGCAAGGUGAGGUGAAACUGGCAGAUUUCGGUGUGGCGGGCCAACUCACCGACACCCAGAUCAAGCGCAACACCUUUGUGGGCACACCUUUCUGGAUGGCCCCUGAAGUCAUUAAGCAGUCUGCGUACGACUCCAAGGCUGACAUCUGGUCUCUGGGCAUAACCGCCAUUGAGCUGGCGAAAGGCGAGCCGCCUCACUCGGAGCUCCAUCCCAUGAAGGUUUUAUUUCUCAUCCCAAAGAACAACCCCCCGACUCUGGAGGGAAACUACAGCAAGCCGCUCAAAGAGUUUGUGGAGUCUUGCCUCAAUAAAGAGCCCAGUUUUAGGCCGACCGCCAAAGAGCUGCUGAAGCAUAAGCUGAUUGUACGCCACGCCAAGAAGACGUCCUACUUGACUGAGUUGGUAGACAAGUACAAACGGUGGAAGGCCGAGCAGUCCAGAACCGCAGACUCCAGUUCUGACGAGUCUGAUUCGGAGCAGGAUGGGCAGGCAUCAGGCGGAAACGACUUUGGCAGCGACGACUGGAUCUUCACCAUCCGGGAGAAAGACCCUAGGAAGCUGCAGAACGGAGAGGGCCAGCUGGGGGCAGCAGAGCAGACGAAAGACAUUCCAAAGAGGCCUUAUUCACAGAACCUGUCCACAGUCGUCUCUCCUGCAUUCACGGAGCUGAAGGCCAGACAGGUGCAGCUGAACCGUAACCCCCUGGUCCUGGAUGACUUGAAGGAGUCCAUCCUGCGGGCUGAGGAGGCCUACCCCGGCAUUACGGAUUCCCUGGUGGCUCACAUGGUCCACCGGCUUCAGAGUUUCUCCACAAGCAGGACGUUCCCUUCUACACCCCAGUGAGUGGUCCUCGGUGAGCACCCACCACCUUCCCUUCUUCCAAGACAAGCUGGACUCUCCACCUGUCGGGCCUCAUCCUCGCCUGCAACGCUGCGAAGAACCAACGCUCGCAAAAGCUCAAAGAUGAGAGACUUCCACCCGGCACGCUUACAACUCGAGCAAGCGACGCAUCCCAUCAGAAACCUCACACACAUGCGCACGCACACAUGCGCACGCACACACACACACACACACACACACACACACACACACACACACACACAUCAUGCCUCACGGUGAACAGCAGCAUCUUUCAUUGGAAAAACCUCAGGUAAACCCCUUGUCAGUGGGCGGGGUCACUCGCUGUGUCUCCUUUGGCGCACUCGCGUAAUUGCACGUCGUCCUUUGAGAAGCACGGCAAAUUGCAGCACACUCACUCAAAACGGCAAUGUUUCCCACGCUCAAUAGUCGCCAUCUUGGCGGGGACUAACUCCAAGUGGUUGUGAAAUAGUUGAGUAAUUGAGAUGCCCAUUAAAAUGUCCAUUUUGUCACUCAAACAGGAAGUCAUCAAACCACACGCCUCCCUCAAACACAUUUCACAAGAAUAAAGGCAAAACGUCAAGAGAAAAAAGUUGUUGAAGAAAAUGUACAAGAUGAUAAAUAGUUGUUGGGGGGAGGGGGGGCAGCAGAAUUGGGAAAAAAACAGUAAUUUUGUAAUUUUAUGAGAAUAAAGUCAAAAUAUUAAGAAACCAAGUUGUCAUCUGACAAGAAAAACUUGUAAUUUUAUGAGAAUAAUGUAAUAUCAGGACAAGUCAUUUCUAAAUGAUUUUGGUAGCAUAAAGUUGAAAUAAUAUUACAGGAAAAAAAUGUAAUUUUUUAAAAAGUUGUGUUAUUUAGAAACUAAACAACAAAAUUGUAAUUUUUGGAAAGUGAACUGGGGGGAAAAGUUAAAAUAUAAAGUCAAAAGAUUUGGGGAAUAAAGUCAUCAUUACAGGAAGCAAAUUUGAAGGUAAAGUAGAAAGUUGAAGUAGUUGGAAAAUAAAAAAACAGCAAAAAUGGAAAAACAACUGGAUUUUUACACUAUUAAAGUCCAAAUAUUAAGGGAACAAAUGUAUUCUAACGAGAAAAACGUUGCAAUUUUACAAGCAUAAACUCGUAAUAUUAUGAGGAAAAAUAAUAUUUGAGUAAAUAUUAAAUUUUUAAAGUCGUAAUAUGAGAAAAAAAACAAUAAAAUUGUAUUUUUGGAAAAUUACGUUUUGGGGCGAGUUAUGAUAUGGGAAUAAAGUCAUAAUUACGGGAAGACAAUUUACAAGAAGAAAGUUGAACAAGUGGGGAAAAAAAGAAUUGCAAUUUUAUGACAAUGAAUUUGUAAUAUUAUGGGGAAAAAUGUCAUUUCAGUAGCAUCGAGUGGUAAUAUUACAAAAAAGUGAUUUUUUAAAAAAGUUGUAAUUAUGAGAAAAAACAAAAUAAAGUUGUAAUUUUUGGAAAAUUAGGUUGGGAAAAUGUUUUGAUAUUAUGGGAAUAACGAGAAGAAAGUUGAAACAGCAGCAGAAAAGGAGAAACAGCGGCCAUUUUACGAGAAUAAAGUAGAAAUAUUAUGACAAACCACCAAAAGAAAAAAAAAUUCCCAAAGAUGAUUUAAGAAGAAAGUUACAUUGCCUUUUGUUUUUGGUUGCACCGUGAGCGAGGUGGGCGCCCUGUUGGUUUGUGACGUGCGAGUGUCAAUCAUACGCACAAAAUAGCGUGUUUUUCCCACCCACCAGUGGGGAAAACAAUUGUUUGGAUGAAACAUCCGCAAAUUGUGGGCUUGUGAAAGCUGAAUGGCGGACAUGCGGGGGUGCGUAUCCCAGCACUACACUUUGAACUUUCAUGCACUCAGGAAGGAAGUACACGGUGUACAACAGAGUACUCAUCGGAAGUGUACUGAUGCAAGUAUUCCAUUUGAGACACAGCCUGAUUGUACCAAAUGCUUUUCACGCUUUUAAAAAGUCCAGACCGCCUCCUGUUUUUGCACGCUUUAAAGGACGUUUCCAACGUUGGCCCGUCACGUGAACUGCAGAGCAAAAACAGCAGCCUUCAUGGAGGUUUGAACCUUUUCAGCAAGGGUGUCUAAACCUUUUCCCACGGAGGGUGGCAUCAUCUAAAAAAUGGAAGGGUCUGCGAGGCUGUAGUGGGGCCACACUUCUAUUUUUUUCACAUUUCAUCAACACACUAAAGCGUGAGUCAAGAUCUGCUACGCUAGCAAACAAAUGUCAAGAAAAGACAUCAGCUUUGCGGCAGAGGCGACUGAGGGACCCUGUUGAGAUAAGACUAUCAUUCUUAUCACUCUUCCUGCGGCGCAGUGGCAGCCUCUAGCGUGUUGGCGCCGUAACCUUUUGCGUAGCCCCGGCUCCCGUUUUGCUUGGAUUGUCCAGCGAGGUCGCUGUUAAGCCGAUCUCGCUAGGUGCUAGCCUUAGCAUGUUAGCGCCUUAGCAAGUGCCUAUUGAAGCAACUAAUUGUAUGACUAUUCCGUCAGCUGGAUGGCCUCAAUCAAGAACGUACGGAAAAUGUUUACACGGUCAUAAAAGACCUUGUCGGCCAUUUUAGUUUGCAGGUGCCAUUUCUUUGAGGGUGGGGGCACUGUGUAAUUUUCAAAUGGCAUGUUUGAUUUUGUCUUUUAAAAGAUGUCGUCAAAUUUGGGCCGUGGCACAUUGUAAAAAUAUACUUUAACAAGACAAGAAUAAGUCAAAAUAAUAAGAGGAAAUAAAAUUGGAAUCUUAACAAGAAGAGGUUGUAAUUUUCCGAGAAUAACAUAAUAUUUUAGUAGCAUAAAGUUUCAGUAUUGAAGAAAAAGGAUGCUAUUUUUUUUAAAAGAGACGUAUUAUGAGCAACUACAAAACAACGAAUAAAGUUGUACAUGUUGGAAGAUUAGGUUGCGGAAAAAGUUACAAUAUUAUUAGAAUAAAGUCAUAAUAUCACGAGAAGAAAAUAUGCAAGAAGUUGAAAUAGUUGGAAAAUUAAAAAAAAACAGCUGUAAUUUUACAUGAAUCAAGUCAAAAAUAUUGAGAAAAAGUUGCAAUUCCAUGAGAAUAAACUUGCGAUAUUAUGAGGGAAAAUAAUGUCAUUUUAGUAGCAUAGAGUUGAAAUAUUAAAGAAAAAAUACAUUAUUUAAAGUCAUAUGAGAAGCAAAACAAUUAUAGGGAGAAAGUCAUAUUACCAAAAAAAGUUAUAAUAGUUGGAAAAAUAAAAUUUAAAAAAACAGCAGAAAUUGUAAUUUUACCAGAAUAAAGUCAAAACAUUAUGUAUUCUAACAGGAAAAAAAGAUUCAAUUUUACAAGAAUAAACCUGAAAUAUUAUGAGGAAAAAUGUCAUUUUAGCAUAAAGAUUACAUAUUAAAGAAAAAAGUCAUUUUAGUAGCAUAGCAUAGUAUUUUUCAAGUGGUAAUGUUAUGAGAAAGCUGUAGUUUUUUGGAAAAUUAGGUUGGGGAAUAAAUUCUAAUAUUAUUGGGGAAAAGGUCAAAAUAUUAUGGGAAUAAAAUAUUACAGAAGAAAAUGUACAAAAGAAAAUUGAAAUAAUUGGAAAAUAAAAAAACGUUAUGUGACCCUCGCUGGGGAAACCUUUGGACACCUUUGGGUUAAGCCAACAACUUCAUGGUUGCCACACACUCAAAAGUGCCAUCUUCCCUUUUUUUUUUAACCAGUCGACAUUGAAUUUUUGGCAAUUUAUUUAUAAAGAGAACUUUGGGAAAGCAAAAUUUUAGAAAAGGAGUCGCAAAUAGCCAUGUUUUGCUACGUACGUACGUUUACUGGAGAACCCACUACUGUGCUCGUGCAGCAAUAAACCGUGUCGGUCAUCAACGCGUGAAGAAAUAUGUCAUAUUUUUAUAACGGCAGAUAUGGAAUGCUUUACAAGAUGCCCGGAAAAAGAACAGAAAUCACGCUAAGGAAAUAACUAGAAAAUGUGUACAUUUUGUUUUAUCAUAGCUGGCAGUUUCUAGUAGUGUGUGUAUAUAUAUAUAUUUACGCAUAUAAAUAUAUAUAUAUAUAUAUAUAUAUAUAUAUAUAUGUAUGUGUGUGUAUUUGCUUAUCAUUGCAGAUUUCUCAAGUAAAAUGUUAAGCUUUUAAAGUGACAUAAGAAAUAAAAAUCUAUUGUUAAACGCAGCUUUUCCGCUUCCCUGACCAGUAAGAGUGCAAGGUGCCCCGCAAGUAUGGACAUAUCUAUAUGAAGUAUGUGUAUUUUUAAUAAUACAAAUAAAUAUUACAUAAAAACUAGUUAUUUAAACAGAACACUCGUAUAUUUCAUGGAAAUGAAAAUAUGAAAUAUCAGAAUGUGUUUAGUGCAAUUUUCAUAUUUAGUUUUAAUGUAUGCAUUAUUUGAAAAAUGUGUACGAAAAAAAGAAAUCUAAAAUAAAAAAUGGAAAAAAACUACAAAAAGAGACUUAAAUGUGGGUCAUAAAAACGUCGGUCCCAGGUUGAGACAAUUUGAGAACCCCCGCAUUGAAAGGGAAAUAUAUGAAUAUGCUGUCAUAUACAUAGAUUAUAUAAAAAAGGUUUACUCUUAUACGUUAAAAAAUAUUUUAAACCAGAUGAAAACGUAAUGUAUAUAAAAAAUAUACAAAUAAGCUAUAUG